AUGCCAGAAAAGCAAGCUCUAAUUAACCGUAUUACAAAUGAAACUAAAAUCCAAAUCUCCAUUUCACUAUCAGGUGGUCCAUUAAAAUUAGAAAAUUCAAUCUUAAACAAAAAGAAUAGCACUGAAUCAAUAGCAACCCAAGCAACCAACUCACAAACAAUCGAUAUCCAUACUGGUAUAGGAUUCCUAGAUCAUAUGAUCCAUGCAUUAGCAAAACAUUCAGGUUGGUCCCUUAUAAUGGAAUGUAGAGGUGAUUUACAUAUCGAUGAUCAUCAUACUACAGAAGAUUGUGGGAUAGCAUUAGGUGAAGCUUUCAAAAUGGCAAUGGGUGCUAUUCGUGGUGUUAAAAGAUUCGGUACGGGAUUCGCUCCAUUAGAUGAGGCAUUAUCUCGUGCGGUGGUGGAUUUAUCAAAUAGACCUUACGCUAUUAUAGAUUUAGGUUUGAAAAGAGAAAAAAUUGGUGAUCUUUCUUGUGAAAUGAUUCCUCAUUUUUUGGAAAGUUUCGCUGAAGCGGCAAGAAUUACCAUUCAUGUGGAUUGUUUGAGAGGGAAAAAUGAUCAUCAUAGAAGUGAAAGUGCCUUUAAGGCUUUGGCUGUCGCUAUUAGAGAAGCUACUUCUUCAAAUGGUACCAAUGACGUUCCUUCUACUAAAGGUGUAUUGAUGUAG